AUGCUGGCGGAGAAGGAGGCGCGGCCAAGGUGGGACAGUGGUGGUGGUGGGCAGCAGUCUGUGUCGCUGAAAUACGCUGUAGGUAAUAGUACCUUGAAAAGCAAGGAGGCCCUUGUGCGUGGGGAAUUUUCUAACUUGGAAGAACAGCAGAAAGCAGUGUUGAAUGAGAACAAGAAACUUAUGGCAAGAAUAAGUGAACUUGAGAAGGCUCUGGAGGAGAUAAGGAAGCAGAAACUGCUGCUGGAGGAAGAAGUCCCCAAAGCCAAAGAAGAUGCAGAAAGGGAAUUGAAGAAACAGAGGAAGAAAACCGAAGAGAUUUGUCUUCAGAAGGCUAAGGCUGAGCAAGAAGCGAAGCGAAUUUCCAUGGAAUUAGAGGAUGUCCUUAAAGAGAAAGAAGCCGCAGAACAGGAGUUAGAACGCGUGAAGCAGCUCACUCUGAAAGCCGAGGUUCAAAGAAACGCGGUUGAAGAAAACCUUCGGGCUUUCAGAAUUCAACUUGAAGAAAGCAACAUGAUUCGAAAAACCUUUGAAGAACACUUAAGAAGGAAAGACACAAGUCUCCAGGACCUGGAGCAGCAGAAGAAGGCUUUGAUGGAAGAGCUGAAGAAAAACAGCUGA